GAAGAAAGAGAAAAUGUGUGUGUGUGUGCAUGAAUGCUUGCGCGUGUGUGUGUGGGUGGCGUGCGGACGGUGUCUCUUCCGACGUUAUUCAUUUAGACUUAGGGGAAGUUUCCCAGCAGGUUAUUUAUACUGUAUCGUCUGCCAAUCGUUUCUCUUGCAUCUCCAGACAGAGAAAACCCAAGCUCCAGCGUCUGAAGCGCUCCCUCUCCUUUAAGACCCUGAUGCGCAGUAAGAGCGUGGAGAACUUCUUCCAGAGGUCCUACAGUGACGCCCGUCUCCCCCCUGACUUCAUCACCGACCCGCCACCCCCCUCCCCGCCCCCUGGCUCUCCCCUCGCCAGUGAACGCUCACCCUCCCUCUCUCCGUCACUCAGCCCCAACCCCUCCCUCUGCUCCCACUCCCCGUCUCUAAGCUCCUCCCCCUCGCUGUCUUCCAAGGCCCCGCCCCCACCCCACCUGACGCAGGUGACCCACUGCUUCCAGGAGCACGUGUUCCGCAAGCCCACCCACUGCCAGCUCUGCAAGCACCUGAUCGUGGGUAACUCUAAACAGGGUCUUCGGUGUAGAACCUGUAAGAUGGGUGCUCACCUGUGGUGCACCUCAGAAUUGUCCCAGCAGCCCUGCAAUGGAAAGUCUGGGGUCGGGGUGUUCAAGCGGAACUUCAGCUCUCCCAUGCUGGUCAACGAACAACUGGCUGUCGUCAAGGAGGUGCAGCCCACCCAAGGGGCAGGCCGGGGGCGUGGGGUGGACCCUAUUUACGCAGCCCUGCGCUAUGGGACGUCCCUGGCACAGAUGAGCCGCUCCAGUUUUGGGAGCGUGUCCGAGUCACCCACGCACAGCCAGGGUGAAGGAGGAGAGGAGGGGGAGCAGAGGCAGUACAGCAUGGAGGAGGAGAUGCCACAGGAGACAGGGGAUCUGCCUCCGUGUGAAAACGAGAAGGCUGAACCUGAGGGUGGGGGCAGCGAGCAGCUCCAGGAGCCUGUAGAGGAAACCAGCGUGAAGGUUCCCAGGCGUAUUGAGGUUCACUCCAUCCACACGUAUGUAGCGCUCUUCAAGUUCCUGCCUCAGGAGCACAACGACCUCGGACUAGAGCCUGGUGAUCGGGUGCUGGUCACUGAUGAUUCUAAUGAAGAGUGGUGGAAGGGUAAGAGUGGAGACAAGGUGGGCUUCUUCCCUGCUAACUUCGUUCAGAGGGUGCGCCCAGGGGAGAGGGUGUGGAGGGUCACCCAGCCUGUCCCUGCCAGCCGAGGGAUGGGCCACAUGCCAGUGAAGGAGGAUCAGAUCUGUGUGGGGAAGAGUGAGGACAGUGAUGGUUUUCUGAAGCUGAGCAGUGGGAAGAAAAGAGGACUGGUCCCUGCUAAAUCCAUUGAGGAGAUCUAACCUCUGUCUCAACACCAGCCCCCCUUCUCUCUCUCUCUCUUACCAGCACCCUGUAACCUCCCCACACACCCCUGAGGAGGACCAGCCAGUCCGGGGGUCCUCCAACACCACCAUCGUGAGGCCCACCACCCUACUAAACUGAGUGGGGAGCCGUGAUAGUUCAGCUUGUGAAUUCCAGGUGAUGUGGAGGAUGCCUCAGCUUUAUCCUUGCUGACCUUGUCUCCUCCACCCCAAUGUAGCUGACAACCCAGACUUGAAAGAGUUGGCCUAGGUGUUGUGGAGGACUAUCUAAGACCCCAGUACCCCAUGUUUUCCUGCUGUAAUGUACCUUAGUCUAUGAGUGAACUGGGUUGGUCUGUAGUCCACACCACAGGGGUAUGAGUUUUAGGACUGAAGGACUGGCUGCUGUGGACUCCAGUAACUUCCCUCAGGAUGGAAGGAACUUUGAGACUAUCUUCUGUCUGAUGAGUCUGGUCUCUCUGUGUGUGAUUUGACCAGUUCUUUUUCACUGUCCUCUAUGGCUGGAUAUCACGAGGCUGAAGAAUGCAGGAUUAAGGCCGUCGCACACUAUACAGUCGAAACAUGGCGCGCUCCGUUUCGCGCAUAUAUAAUGACUCAAAUGUGUGCCGUUUUUGUUCGUUUUGGUGUUUGGCAGGUUUUUUUUUUGUCUGUUCGCUCACACAACAUCUUUUAUUGGGGCAAGUUGAAGUUCAGUAGCCAAUGUCUACGCCCUUUCGUCUGUCAUUGGUCAACUGUAGUGUUUUCAAAUGAAGGUCCUUUAAGGGAGUAUGAGAGCACAGUCGUGCGCGCACACCUAACCGAGUUCUGCCAAGAGCAAACAGAACCUAGUAUUAGUAUACGUUGCCUUAAUCAGGAGGAUGUACUUGUGUUGUGUGUGGGGGUAAUGUUCCUGGUCACUGCAUGGAAGAAAACAUUUGUUCUUUCUCUGAUGAACUAGAACAAGUGUCACACUCCUGAUGGCAGCAUCACAGAUGGACGCCCACUAUGAUCACAGUAAUUCAUUUAAGAGGUGACCGUGAAGGAGAUAAUUGCAUGCUGAAGGAUGCACUUGUUUCAAUGUCGGUGUCAGUGAGAUGUUCAAGAUACUGCCGAUGGUUGUAGGUUUCGGUGCUCGCGUUUUCUCUCCCCCGUUCCUUUGGUCCACCUUCUCUCUCUCUCUGUCGCUCUCGGUCUCUAUCUCUCUCUCUCUCUCUCUGUCGCUCUCGGUCUCUCUCUAUCUCUCCUUCCCUCUUCCAUCUUUCUCAGCUAUCACAUUGGUCCCUUGGCUGGGAUUUGACUUCAGCUUAAUUUAGACUGGCACAGAACUUAACUGCUCUGCAAGGACGGAUGGACGGGCAGGUGGGUGGGUGACACUGGGCAGAGUACACCCUGCUCAGACCGACCAGACAGCCAGCAGAGGACAGGACAAACUAGGUCUAUUUCGACACACACUCUCUCAGAUCCUGACUCACUGGCUGACUCACUGACAUUUGACCUCGCACUUGGCAGGUUCCAGAAGGUCAUGGAUGUAAGCCACGUCAUUCUAUUGUACAGGUCAAUCAGUCGCACACUUCAGAGAAUGUGUUUUUCUAUGUCCUAUUUAUGAAAAAUACAAGAGACGACAUUAGAUUGGGGCAGUGAAUACUUACAUAAAUACUUCAGUGUUUUUUGUUCUCUCCCUCAGUAGUGUUUGAAUAGCCUAGACUGUAGAAAACAUCUAUGAAUAGAGACAUUGUUUAAAAAAAGAAGAAGAAACAAAUGGAGCAACAACACAUUUUUUUUAACUGCUCUAAAUUUGUUUCAAUUUUCUGGCCAAUUUAGCAGACGGGCACUGAGGAGCCGUGGAAGACUUGGGAAGUGUUUUCGUGUCUUUUGGCUUGUCUGUUUGGUCCACCGCUGGUAAACAAACAACAGCCAAGAGCCAGUCGGCUGGAAAACCACAUGAACAGACCUUGUAAGUGUGACAACCGGACAUGGUCCCGCUGGUCUGAGGGACAGGGAGCGAGGGAUAUGGAGGGACAGGGAGCGAGGGAUAUGGAGGGACAGGGAGGGAUGUAGACAAAAGGGGUUGACCCAGGUGUUGAACCAUCAUGAAUCAAUGUGUCUGUAUGCAGGUUUCUUUGUCUAUGGAUGACCAAUUCAACAUUGAUCAAAUGUCAGUCCAUCUCUCUCUCUCUCCAUUCCCCACUCACUUUCCCUCUGUCUCUGACACUAUUGGGCAUUUUUGCUGCUAGUGGGAAGGGUGGCUGGACUGUUGUAUUGUACAUGUAAUGUAAGCAUGUUUAAUGAUAGGAUAAUGGGUUGGAUUUCAACGUUUCCAUAAUGUACUGAUCAUUUAUUGAUUUAGACAGAUAUCUAUCUACUUGCUGAGUUGCAGCACGUAGCGGUCACACUGUUGGCAUUAACGGCCAAUAACAUGUCCCCUCCCUCUUCCUGUAGUAUAAGAAUGCAGUAUAUACAGUAAGUCAUCGGAAGUGUAAAAUAAGUACGAUGAUGAACAUAUUGGGUGCGUUCGUAAAUUCAGAUUGUUGUCAGAUUGUCCGUUGGUAAACGCUCUCAGAGCGUUCAGAGCUCACGCUGGACGCUCCGGCCGAGGAGGUUUGAUCCAAGCGUUCAGACCCCACAACGACAGUCAAGCACCCAAGCUAACUGGCUAACUUGCUAGGUACUUAUAGACACGAAUGAGAGAACACCUCACUCUGACCAGUUUACUCGCCCUAGCAGAGCUGGUUAGGCUGUUUUCAUGUUAUCCAGAGUGUUGGGGACUGUAACUGUUCUGCCGGCAACAAUUUAAUUACGCUUUCUUUGCCGACGUUUACUGACGCCGGCCAUAUUCAACGGGUGUUGCGUGUUCGUAAAUUCAUCAGUUAUGCUCUGGCACACUCAGACGAGAGUGCUCUGAAAUCAGUGUAGAUGGGCAGAGCGAACUUACGAACGCACCCAUUAUUUCAUGUUUUGUUCAUCACAUUGUGCAUGAUAAUAUGAUCAUCUUUGGGUCUAUAUCCUCCGUGUGUGUGAAUGGAUGAAGUUUCACAGACUGUGAUGAAUAUUGUAUUUUCCUUCCAUUGGGUCCAUGUGUUCCUAUGUGUAGCAAGGACUUCUCUGGUCCUCACAGUCCCAGACCAGGAGCUAACAAGACCUCAGUAUAGUCACUGGGUGUAUAACUGGAUUAAUUGUUUGUUAGCUUAUUCUCUACCGAAUUUUCACAUAAAAUGUACAUUAUCGGUGUGUUCAUGUAGAUUUAAGAGUCUGUCACCCUUUGUGGACCCUGUUUGAUUCGCUCUUCGUGUAGCAUUUCUGUGUACAGGCCCUGGCCUCGUUUCCCAGUUGCGAUGUAACUUAAGCAUUACGACGAUUUGAGCAACUUUUUAAAGAGCUACUGCCUCUGAAAUUUUGGUCAUAAAUGGUAUGUCACGGAAUGAAGGGUACAGGAACAGUGUUUCGUGUUUUAUUUUUAUAUCCGGCCCAUAGAUAGCAGCACUCAAGUAAUCAUCUAUUCAAAGCGACGCUGCACGCGACCCGAUCAUAAUGCCCAUGGUCAAUUUGGUUUGACAGUCAAUAUCCCUAUGGGGCAAGUUAGGGACCGUCAGUAAAUUACAGAAUUUUGGGACAACAUUUUAAAACUUUAAUAGCUCCAAAAUUCAAUGACUUAAAAAACUCAAACCAAUUGUAAAAAUUAAUAUACAAAUAUUGGAAGCAUUUAACCUUUUACUGCAGUGGGCUAAAUCUGGGUCACACAGAGUGUUUCUUGGUAGUCUUAAACAAAUCUGCUUAGAAACAAAGUAUACACCUCACACACAUGGUCAUGGGCUUAAAAAUAAGAAGACGCCUUUACCUUGUCAGAUAUAGAGUUUAAAUGUAUUCCAUUUUGAGUUUGCAUCCCAAUAUUACACGUUAUAUACAUCACAGAAUACUGAAAUGUAACAAAACUUUUUGACAUAGAAACAAGAUUUUCAGAAGUUUUUUCAAAAUAAUGUUGAUUUGUGAAAUUAUGAAAAAUAUGAAUAACAUUCCACUCACUCAUGAGGCCACUAGGUAAUUUGACUGCAUGAAAGAGAUACUGAGACAAAAAAAGAAUACGCAACAUUAAAAUAUUGUCCCAUUUACAUUGUGUAAUUUAUUGAUAUCCCUAACUAUCCCCAGAGAUAGGCUGUCCAAAGUCAAACCGUCUUUUCCCCGAUUAGCUGAAGCUGAUUGGCUAAAUAAUUUGGCUAACUAUUCCCACCUGCAAACACACAAGACACCCACAUUAAACCACACCCCAAAACCAACUCAAGUUUGAAUUCAGUCAUGGCCGCUAGCAUUUGCUAAUGAACCAAAUCCAGAACAAGGCCAAAUUAGGAAGUGCAGUCACCUUUUAAGAGUGUUUCCCAAACAAGCAUGUAGAGAGGCAUACCGCUCGCGUCAUUAGACCAUGUGUCAAUACUGAUUGGAUCAAAAGAAAAGCAUCACUCUCAAAUCAGCUUUCUCCAUUCAAAUCUUACCUUAACAUUAUAAUUAUAAUUAUCCCACAAUCCUGACGAUGGAUCACUUCCUAUGAGAUAUUACCACCUACAGUAUGGCUGCAAAUAAGCUAUUGAUGCGGUUUAUUAUGCUUCCCCAAUAAUAAUGCACUAAAUCACAGAGUGGGCCCAUCACUGCACAAGUGUGACGUGACGCAGAAGGGCACUUUGGGCACGAGUGGUCUGCAAAAGGUUUUUAAGAGCCACGUUACUAACGAAGGCUCUGGGAAAACACCUCGGCUACUAAAGACACAUCGUCUAGAAAGUUCUAAGGAUCUGAUCUGUCAAGAUGAAGGCUCUGGGAAACAAGGCUCUGCACAGUAAGUGUAUGUUUUAGUGUGUGUGUGUGUGUGUGCGGGAUAUAGCCUUAGUUAAUAUCACUGGAAGAACACAUGCCUCAAUAAUAAAAAAUAAAAAACUCUUUAACCUUGAAUGAAA